GGCCGAGGCUCCGAGGCCGCGGGGAGGAGGAGGAGCGGCAGCCAGCAGGGGAGGAGGACACGAAUCGUAGUCGGCCUCCCGCCCGCCCCGGCAAUUGUUGUUGCUGCUGCGCGCAGGGCGGUUCUGGAUUGCGGUCUGCCCCACCCACGAACAAUCCAUGGCUCCAUCUCCGCCUCGGCGUGCUGCGCUCCUCCUCGCCACGGUGCUUCUGCUGGCGGCGGCCGGGUCCACCCCCGGCGCCACGGCUGCUGGCAUCUUCCAGGUGCGCCGCAAGUUCACCGCCGGGGUGGGAGGGGGUGCUGGCGCCAACAUCAGCGCCCUUCGCGCCCACGAUGGCACCCGUCACGGCCGCCUCCUCGCAGCCGCCGACCUCCCUCUUGGCGGCCUCGGCCUCCCCACUGACACUGGCCUCUAUUACACGGAGAUCAAGCUCGGGACGCCACCCAAGCACUACUACGUCCAGGUCGACACCGGCAGCGACAUCCUCUGGGUCAACUGCAUCACCUGCGAGCAAUGCCCCCACAAGAGCGGGCUCGGGUUAGACUUGACGCUUUACGACCCCAAGGCAUCCUCGACCGGGAGCAUGGUGAUGUGCGAUCAGGCAUUCUGUGCAGCCACCUUUGGCGGAAAGCUGCCGAAGUGCGGCGCCAAUGUGCCCUGCGAAUAUAGUGUCACCUACGGUGAUGGUAGCUCGACGAUAGGUUCCUUUGUCACCGAUGCGCUGCAGUUUGAUCAGGUGACUAGGGAUGGGCAGACACAGCCGGCUAAUGCCAGCGUCAUUUUCGGGUGCGGUGCUCAACAAGGUGGGGAUUUGGGAAGUUCAAACCAAGCCCUUGACGGAAUUCUUGGUUUUGGUGAGGCAAAUACAUCAAUGCUAUCACAACUAACUACCGCUGGUAAAGUGAAGAAGAUAUUUGCCCAUUGUUUGGAUACCAUAAAAGGAGGUGGAAUUUUUUCUAUUGGGGAUGUGGUGCAGCCAAAAGUAAAAACAACGCCAUUGGUAGCCGACAAGCCACACUACAAUGUGAACCUUAAGACAAUCGAUGUUGGUGGCACUACUCUACAACUCCCAGCUCAUAUUUUUGAACCAGGAGAAAAAAAGGGUACCAUAAUCGACAGUGGUACCACCUUGACAUACCUUCCAGAAUUGGUUUUCAAAGAAGUAAUGCUCGCGGUAUUUAACAAGCAUCAGGAUAUAACCUUCCAUGAUGUUCAAGGUUUUUUGUGUUUCCAAUAUCCUGGAAGUGUAGAUGAUGGAUUCCCAACCAUCACAUUCCAUUUUGAGGAUGAUCUUGCACUACAUGUGUAUCCCCAUGAGUACUUUUUCGCAAAUGGGAAUGACGUAUACUGCGUGGGAUUCCAAAAUGGUGCAUCACAGUCAAAGGAUGGAAAGGACAUUGUGCUUAUGGGAGAUCUUGUCCUUUCCAACAAGUUGGUUAUCUAUGACUUGGAAAAUCGAGUCAUUGGGUGGACUGACUACAACUGUUCGUCGAGCAUUAAAAUUAAGGACGACAAAACGGGCGCAACAUCUACUGUUAAUUCACAUGACUUGUCCUCAGGAUGGAAGUUCCACUGGCACAUGUCCCCGGUUCUAUUGUUGGUAACAACGGUGUGCAGUUAUUUAAUAUGCUAACUCCACUGUACAGGAAAUCCAUCUGGUUCGUAUAUCCUUUCCACGAAAAGGAUCGGAGAGAUGUAGGGCUAUCUUUAGGUUGUGUUCUCCGACCACGGAAAACAAUGGAAAUAGAAAAAUACUGUAAUGCUAUACUGAGCCAUUGUUUGACUAGGGUAAUGCCGAGGUGACCGCACGUGAGUUCAGUUUCCCGUUUAAAAAAUAUGCAUGUACAGCAGCAAUGUAUAUGGCCAAAUAAGAAUUUCUUUUGUUUGCAGUACAGCAAUGUUCUGUCAUUUCUUUGGG